AUGAUGAACUCGUUCUUCGGGCCGGUGGACGGGGUCCUAGGCCUCAUAAUGGCGUGGCUUCUGCUCUUGAUCCCUGCUGUGGGGUUCUUAGCCGCAAUCGCAGUGUGCCUCUGGAGCCUCUGCGGCGGCGAGCGAGCGGCAGAAGCAAACGCACCCGGACGACGAUUGGGCCGAUUGGCCGAGCUGAUGGCGGCCAUUGAACGGGCGGAGCAGAUGAGGCCGGCGGCGGUGGCGCCAGCGCCGGAGCUGAUGGUGGAGCUGGGGUACUUCCCGUACUCGGCGGAGGGCAGGCGGGCGUCGGAGAGGCUGGUGUGCGCGAUCUGCCUGGAGGAGUUCCAGCAGGGACAGGCGUGCAGCGAGGUGCCGGCGUGCCGGCACGUGUUCCACCGGUACUGCAUCGACGUGUGGACGAAGAGCAAGACCACCUGCCCGCUGUGCAGGCGGAAUAUCGUGGCCGGGUCAGAACGAGUAUCGGCUGCCAUUGACAUGGUUUAG